AUGGCAACACAAAAUCUCUCUGAAACUACGCCAUUACUCAAUCACCCAGUCGAACCUCAAUCAGAAAUUCUCUAUCCCAAUGGCGAUACCUCAGAUACCAACCCCGCCGUCCCAGACGAUCCUUCCACACUUUACAUAUGGAUACUCAUGACCGGGCCCUUCCUAUCCGCCUUCGUAGCAUCCGUCGAUUCAUCUAUGAUAGCUACUCUCUCGUCCCCCAUAACCUCCUCCUUCGGCUCACUAUCCCAUCUCCCAUGGCUCGCUUCCGCAUAUUUCAUUGCCAACGCUGCGAUCCAGCCACUAUCUGGAAAACUCACCGAUAUCUAUGGCAGGCGAAGCGGGCUUGUGCUUGCUAAUAUCGUGUUUUCGUUGGGAAAUUAUAUGUGCGCAAGUGCGGAAUCCGAGUGGGUCCUAAUUGCCGGAAGAGUGGUAGCAGGGCUAGGAGGAGGAGGAGUCAUGGCAGUGGCUACUUUUCUACUAUCGGAUCUAGUGCCAUUGAGGGAGAGAGGUAUGUGGCAGGGGAUUGGGAAUAUGAUAUUAGGUGUAGGCUCUGGUAUAGGGGGUGUACUUGGAGGGUGGAUCAAUGAUAGUCUGGGUUGGAAAGCGGCAUUUUUAUUGCAGAUACCCAUCACGCUUUUGGCUACGAUCUGGGCUUGGUUCACCAUACGCAUACCGACUGUGGAUGACGGGGAGGGAAAAUCAAAACUCAAACGGAUUGAUUAUUUAGGUUCCAUCAGUUUGUUCACGACGCUCGUUACGCUACUCCUUGGCAUGAGUGCCGGGGGCAAUACCGUAUCCUGGACCGAUCCCAUCGUCCUAAUCAGUCUCCUCCUCUCAUUGAUAUCCUUCAUAAUUUUCAUCAUCACCGAACUUAGAUACGCCAAAGAACCCAUUAUCCCCCUCCCUCUCCUCUGCGACCCAUCCGUCGCCGGCGGUUGUCUCACCAAUGCCUUCUCCUCCGCAUCCCGCUUCGCAAUGAUUUUCUAUCUCCCGCUCUUCCUCGAAGCCCAAGGCUACAGCGCCACCAAAAUUGGCCUUCGUCUCGUUCCCGGCGCAAUCGGCACGGCCAUCGCCUCCAUGAUCGCCGGAAUCAUCGUGAAAAGCACCGGCCGGUUUUACAAGCUCGGUAUCGCCUCCCAACUCAUCUAUAUCCUAGGCAUGGCCUUCAUCUGUACAUUUACACUACAGACAUCUGCAUGGCCCCCCUUUGUCUGGUUCGGCGCCAUCAACAUCGGAUAUGGAAUUACCCUUACCACCACCAUCCUGGCGCUUUUAUCAUCGGUGAAAGCGAAGGAUCAAGCUGUGAUCACAUCUGCACUCUUUGCGUUUCGGAGCACGGGCACGGUAUUGGGGAUUUCGGUGGCGGGACUGACGUUCCAGAAUGUGCUGGGGAGAUUACUAUGGGAGAAAUUGGGGGGGAUAGAUAAUGCAACAGAGCGUAUCCAACAAAUUAUCGAUGAUUUUAAGGUGGUUAAUGGACUGGAGGAAGGAUUGAAGGAGUUGGCUUUGCAGGCUUAUAUGGGUGCUGUGAGGGCUGUGUUCUUUUUGUUAUUGGGGUUGGGGAUGUUGGCUUUGGUGGCGACGUUGCUGGUUAGGGAUCGCGAAUUAUCUCAUAGGAUGUCACGAUGA